AUGAAGUUCAACACUGAAGUCUCUUCUUCCCGCCGCAAGGCCCGCAAGGCUCACUUUGGUGCCCACUCGGAGGCCCGAAGAAAGCUCAUGUCGGCCAAUCUAUCCAAAGAAUUGCAAGCCAGACACGGUGUGCGUAGCAUGCCCAUUCGCAAGGACGACGAAGUGCUGAUUACCAGAGGCAUGUACAAGACCCGCGAGGGCAAGGUCACGGCCGUCUACCGUAAAAAGUGGGUCGUCCACGUCGAGCGCAUUUCGCGAGAAAAGUCCAAUGGGUCUACGGUCCAAGUGGGCAUUCCCGCUUCGGCCUUGGUCAUUACCAAGCUAAAGAUGGACAAGGACCGCAAGGCCAAGUUGGAAGCCAAGUCCAAGAAUAAGGAGGGAGGAAAGACCGAUGUUGCCAUGAGCAAUGUUGACUAA